UUAGUAUUGGGGGUGGGUAAAUCUCGAGCAAGCGCGUUCCCAUCUCUCCGCUCCCCUUUAACCAACCAUGGUUACGUGUGCGCUCCCGCUACUAAGCGACAAGAUGGCGGUCGCCGCCGGAUCAGGCGUUAAGGUUCCUCGUAACUUCCGGCUGCUUGAAGAGCUGGAAGAAGGUCAGAAAGGUGUGGGGGAUGGGACAGUGAGCUGGGGAUUGGAAGAUGAUGAGGACAUGACCCUGACAAGAUGGAGAGGGAUGAUCAUUGGCCCUCCUAGGACAAUCUAUGAAAAUAGGAUGUACAGUCUGAAGGUUGAAUGUGGUCCCAGAUAUCCAGAGGCACCACCGUUUGUCAGAUUUGUGACAAAGAUCAACUUGAAUGGUGUGCACAACUCCAAUGGCGUGGUUGACACACGAGCAGUGUCUGCGCUGGCCAAGUGGCAGAACUCAUACAGCAUCCGUGUGGUCCUGCAGGAGCUCAGACGACUCAUGAUGUGCAAGGAGAACAUGAAGCUCCCCCAGCCACCAGAGGGACAGAUCUACACCAACUGAACCCAUGUUACUACUCUCCUCCUUUUCCCCCUCUUUUGUUUUCAGUCAUCCUUUCACCCCAUCUACCACCUCCCUCCUUUUUUCAUUCAGGUGCCUGCCAACACUCAAGCGUACACACACACACACACACACACACACACACAGAUAUAGGGAUGUACAUGUAUGCACGUGUACAUAAACACAUAGACAUAGGAACAUACAUGUGUGCGAAAGCGUAUGCAGACAUACACGAACAUGCAAUCACUUCUGUAUGCGCCAUUCCUAGGCCCUGGCCCCUCCCCUCUUCCAUCACUGGAGCUCUGGUUGGCCUAAAGAAGACUAGGCAGGCGGAGUCAUCGGUCCACACCAGACCUGAUCAUUCGAAUACUGUACAUCUUAAUCUUUUUUUUUUUAUUAUUUGUUAUAAAUGCAGAUUGUACAAUAACAUAAAUAAUCUUGAGUGUACAUUUUGUGUGCUGCCUUUUUGUAAUAGAGAAAGAACCCCAGCCAGUCCUUACUUGUUUAUAAUUCACCAAUUAUGCGAGUAUUUGUGGAUGUUCAGUGCCAAAUAUAACUGAGAUACAUUUUCUUAUCAGGUUCUAAACAUAAUCCAACCAGUCAAUUACCUUACCUCCCCAUUGAUUUAGAGAGCUUGACUCAACAAAUGUGAAAAUAUUUAGUGUUUUUCUGGGCUUUGUGCAUGUUUGUAUAUAGUAUAGCAAUCUAUUUACCAUAUCCACUGGAAAUGCAUGUGACUGCAGCAGCUUAUGGCAAGAUGCCUGAAGUAGUAAGGCCUUCAUGCUGUCACUUUGGUCAACACUUGUGUGGCCAUGACAACCACUGAUAUUACGCCUCCCAUACCCAGUAAUGUUUUAAUUCAUAAGUGUUAUUGGGUGUAUAAACUCAAUAUAAUAAAAUUUGCCAGCUGAUAGGGUUCAUACAGCAGAAAACUUGAAUUAGCUACCUCUUUCGGUCCUUAGUUAUAGGAGAGUAGAAUUGACCAGUUGUUUUCUUCCCCCAUAAAUCUUGCAUCAUGCCUUCACACUUGUGUAUAGUGUCUAGAGUCCUAUGGUUCUAACCACCUGCAGCCAUUUCCCAUGUUUGUCUUAGCUUACUAGAGUCAUUGGGUUUAAGGUAAUUCAUACACUGUUAGUAUGGGUUAUGAAACUACAGUGAUUGUACUUUUACACUAUCUUUGUCUGUACAUGAUCUUAUGUAUAGUGUUUACGUUUGUUCCCUUUGAGUGAGCUUACCUAACAUGCAGUAAAUCUCAGUGUGACCAGU